AUGGAGGUGGAGGAGGAGGAAAGACGCUCUCCACACGAUCAUGUGGAUCGGUGUGUUCCCGAGAGCUUCUUUGAUCGCGUAACGCAAGGGUUACGCGACGAUCUCGAGCAUGAGCGGAAUAGGCGUCUCCAGAUGGUGGACACUGCCUCGAAGCAUCGAGCUGAGUUUGCCUUUGCUCAGCUUGAGAACGAGAGAUCUCUGACAUCUCUUCGUGACGAGCUAAGGGUAGCUCGUGGGAUUGUUGAUCGGUCUCGGGCUGGGAUAACUGCUCUUCAGACCCUUGUUGAUGCCCACCAUCAGGAGCACAAGGCUCUCUGCGAGAUGCUUGAGCGCAAGGGCGUUCUUCAUCGGAAGAAGCAGCGUACUGAUGGUACGGCUUAA